AUGGCAUUCAAGUUAAAAUUGAAAGUUCCACAGGCGAGUUCUGAGGGUGCUAGUUCAUCCAGUAAAGUAUCGAAGCCUAGCAAAUCCAAGUCCUCGAAAUCCUCGUCAAGCUCUGGGGGGCCCAAACUUAAGCUAAAAUUGCCAGAGUCAUCAUCAUCUUCUAAAACACUGAUACCGAAGUUGAAGAUCAAAAAUCCAUCUUCAAAAGUCAAGGUGAAAAAGGAGAAGUCUUCGUCUUCAUCAUCAUCAUCAUCUUCUUCUUCUUCUUCUGCUCCCACUAAGAAGUUGAAAAUUAGUUUAGUGAGAAAAGAUGAGAAUAAGAGCAAUAAUGUAAAAUUGAAACUCCCAUUGAAAGGAGCUUUAUCUAACACUCCAGGGUCGAACAUGGCGAAGCCGACGUCUUCAAUUCCUGAAUUGAUUCAACCGACUACAAGAUCUGUGCCGAAAGUCAGAAUCAAACCCACCAGAGUUCCUGGUGAUGGCUAUGAUUCGGAAGCACCAGAUUUGGAAGACGAUCCACUAUUGGAGCAAGGGAUAGUGAUACGAUUUUUGGACGAUGUCAACUUAGAUCUUGUACAUAAUGCAGUAGAUCUGGGAGAUUUGACUGAUAUAAAUGUUAAAUGGAUAACGAAGGACAAGGCUAUAGUGAACGUGAAGAGCACGCUAUACAGUGCAGUCCUUCUUGAUUUGCCAACCUUGACGGAAAUAUAUAAAACUAUAGAUAAGAAGAAUAUUUUCAAAACUGUUGAUGUGUGUCAGAUAUUGCUUGUCUUGAGAGUGAUAGACCCGAAAGAUCUCAAUAUGGAAAGGGACUUUGAUUUGAAUCAAGAUAAAUUGUUUGUGCAUCCAGUUUACAAGAUUCCUCACACUGAGUUGAAACCUACAAAGCAAGUGUAUAAGGAUGGGUUAAUUUAUCCAUUUGAAGAUGUGCAUCGUAGAUUUAGACCAAGGAUGUUGGACCAUAGAGUUUUGGAAGACAUCCAGCUGAAGGUUGAUGAAUUAAUUAAAUUGGACAACGAUGCUGAGGAAGUUCAUUUUGAAGUUUUGGAUUUGAAGAAAAACCAAAAAGUGGUUCAAAGUCUGCAUGGCUACGACUUAUCUAAUAUGCCUACUCCUAAGGGAGACACCGCCAGCCCAAGUCCAUUUGUAGGUGCUGGAUCUGAAGAUGUGGAAAUGGCAGAAGCGGAAGCAGAAGAAGAUGAUGAAAUUGAGGAUCCUGAUUUGGAAGAAGAGUUGGCUAAGGCGUUGGAGGAUGAUCCAGAUGGCGAAGAUGAUGACGAUGACGAUGACGAAGAUGGAGAAAGAGCUAACGCUGAAGAAGAAGAAGAGGAGGAAGAGGAGGAGGAGGUGGUGGAAGUUGAACUUAACGGGCCUCAAACAGAAACUGUUGAAUUGGAAGUUAAGGAAGGAGCAGAUGAAGUCGAUGUGGAUGUGGAAGAAGAGGACGAUGAUGAUGACGACGAUGAUGAUGAUGAUGAUGACGACGAAGAUGAUGAUGACGAUGAAGACGACGAGGGAGGAGAUGUGGUACAGGACAACGGGGCGAAGGCAGAGAAGCAACAUGCCAAAUUAUUGGAGGAAGAAAUUGCUGAUUUGGAGAAGGUCGUUGAAAAGCAUCGUAUUGGACUUGAGACUGCUACGCAAAAGAUGAUGAGAAUGAAGUUUCAAACCAGUUAUAGAACUUUGAAAUCAUCGUUAGACACCAAAAAGGCAGAGUUGGCUAAGAUUUUGAACGAAAAUCAUCCAAAAACUCAGUCUGAUACCUAUGGAGAUGAUGACGAAGACGAUGAAGACGAUGAAAAUAAUGAUAAUGAGAACGAUAUAGAAAUAGAGAACGAGGACGAGGACGAGAACGAGAACGACAACGACAAUGAAAAAGACAAUGAAAACGGGACCGAUAAUGAUAACGAUAACGAUUCCGACGGUAACGCGGAUGAUAUCGACGAUCUCUUCUAA